AUGCUGAGAACAUCAUGUCAUCACAAAACACCUUUACAUUUUGCACUAAUUUGUUUUUCUUUCCUUGAUGUUUUCCUCUCUUUCCUCCUUCUUUUCCUCUCUUUCCUCCUUCUUUUCCUCUCUCUCCUCCUCCUUUUCCUCUCUCUCUCCUCCUUCUUUUCCUCUCUCUCUCCUCCUUUUCCCUCUCUCCUCCUCUUUUCCCUCUCUCCUCCUCCUUUUCCCCUCUCUCCUCCUCCUUUUCCCCUCUCUCCUCCUCCUUUUCCCCUCUCUCCUCCUCCUUUUCCCCUCUCUCCUCCUACUUUUCCCCUCUCUCCUCCUCCUUUUCCCCUCUCUCCUCCUCCUUUUCCCCUCUCCUCUCCUCCUUUUCCCCUCUCUCCUCCUUCUUUUCCCCUCUCUCUCCUCCUCCUUUUCCCCUCUCUCUCCUCCUUCUUUUCCCCUCUCUCUCCUCCUUCUUUUCCCCUCUCUCUCCUCCUCCUUUUCCCCUCUCUCCUCCUCCUUUCCCCUCUCUCUCUCCUCCUUUUCCCCUCUCUCUCCCUCCUUUUCCCCUCUCUCCUCCUCCUUUCCCCUCUCUCCUCCUCCUUUUUCCCUCUCUCCUCCUCCUUCUUUUCCCCUCUCUCCUCCUCCUUUUCCCCUCUCUCCUCCUCCUUUCCCCUCUCUCCUCCUCCUUUUCCCCUCUCUCUCUCUCUCUCUCCUCCUCCUUCUUUUCCUCUCUCUCAGAAGGGUCAUUACUUUGGGCCCGACUUGUCCACAGAAACAGAUGUCAUGACUGACCGGCUAAAUUUAUUCACAGAUGAGAUGGAACCACCAUAUCGUACAAUCAAAACACUUUGGACUGCAUUUGCUCAGAUUGGCAUAUUGAUAACACUCUGUUUGAUUUCGUCCCUUGUUCCUUCAUUAUGUGUGUCUUGUUAUCCUGAUCCUGUGUCCAUAAUUGUCUAUUCGUAUAUAGCAGCUUGGUUUGCCAUGUUUUAUAUCAACAUUUAUAUCUACCUGCAACAUUAUCAUAUCUAUAUCUCUGGUUAUUUUGAGUUCUCGCGUCAGACCCUUUUUAUUCGACAUAUACCUUUUAUCAUCUUUACAGUUGGUGCCAUAGUAAUGAUGUUGAUAGUGCAAAUCUUCACACAGAUUGAUUGUAUACCAAGCACAAACCCCCACUGUGGGCCAUUGAAACCACCUUAUUACCUGGAAGCCUUGAUAUUUCUGGAGUCUCUCAUUGCUGCUGUAUGGCUAGUAAAGUACACCUAUAAAGUGAUUCAUUUCAAUCAAGCCAAAAAAAAUCCUGACACAAUUGAAGAAGAUAAUAUGCCAAGUGGAGCUCCUUAUUCCCGAGAUAUUCAGGACAUUGGAGAACGGGGACUUUCUUUCAGUGAAAAGUUGUUGGAGAGGCAAGCAGAUAUGAUUUCUUCUCCUUUUCCUCGUCUCUUCUUUCUUCUCCUUUUCCUCGUCUCUUUUCUUUCUUCUCCUUUUCCCCUUCUCUUUUCUUCUUCUCCUUUUCCCCUUCUCUUUUCUUCUUCUCCUUUUCCCCUUCUCUUUUCUUCUUCUCCUUUUCCCCUUCUCUUUUCUUCUUCUCCUCCUUUUCCCUUCUCUUUUCUUCUUCUCCUCCUUUUCCCUUCUCUUUUCUUCUUCUCCUCCUUUUCCCCUUCUCUUUUCUUCUUCUCCUUUUCCCCUUCUCUUUUCUUCUUCUCCUCCUUUUCCCCUUCUCUUUUCUUCUUCUCCUCCUUUUCCCCUUCUCUUUUCUUCUUCUCCUCCUUUUCCCCUUCUCUUUUCUUCUUCUCCUCCUUUUCCCCUUCUCUUUUUCUUCUUCUCCUCCUUUUUCCCCUUCUCUUUUCUUCUUCUCCUCCUUGUCCCCUUCUCUUUUCUUCUUCUCCUCCUUUUCCCCUUCUCUUUUCUUCUUCUCCUCCUUUUCCCCUUCUCUUUUCUUCUUCUCCUCCUUUUCCCCUUCUCUUUCUUCUUCUCCUCCUUUUCCCUUCUCUUUUCUUCUUCUCCUCCUUUUCCCCUUCUCUUUUCUUCUUCUCCUCCUUUUCCCCUUCUCUUUCUUCUUCUCCUCCUUUUCCCCUUCUCUUUUUUCUUCUCCUCCUUUUCCCCUUCUCUUUUCUUCUUCUCCUCCUUUUCCCUUCUCUUUCUUCUUCUCCUCCUUUUCCCCUUCUCUUUUUCUUCUUCUCCUCCUUUUCCCCUUCUCUUUUCUUCUUCUCCUCCUUUUCCCCUCUCUUUUCUUCUUCUCCUCCUUUUCCCCUUCUCUUUCUUCUUCUCUCCUCCUUUUCCCCUUCUCUUUUCUUCUUCUCCUCCUUUUCCCCUUCUCUUUUCUUCUUCUCCUCCUUUUCCCCCUUCUCUUUUCUUCUUCUCCUCCUUUUCCCUUCUCUUUUCUUCUUCUCCUCCUUUUCCCCUUCUCUUUUCUUCUUCUCCUCCUUUUCCCCUUCUUUUUUUCUUCUCCUCCUUUUCCCCUUCUUUUUUCUUCUUCUCCUCCUUUUCCCCUUCUCUUUUCUUCUUCUCCUCCUUUUCCCCUUCUCUUUUCUUCUUCUCCUCCUUUUCCCCUUCUCUUUUCUUCUUCUCCUCCUUUUCCCCUUCUCUUUUCUUCUUCUCCUCCUUUUCCCCUUCUCUUUUCUUCUUCUCCUCCUUUUCCCCUUCUCUUUUCUUCUUCUCCUCCUUUUCCCCUUCUCUUUUCUUCUUCUCCUCCUUUUCCCCUUCUCUUUUCUUCUUCUUCUUCUCUUUUCUUCUUCUUCUUCUCUUUUCUUCUUCUUCUUCUUCUUCUUCUCUUUUCUUCUUCUUCUUCUUCUCUUCUUCUUUUCUUCUUCUUCUUCUUCUUCUUCUUCUCUUCUUCUUCUUCUUCUUCUCUUCUUUAUAUUUCUCUUCACACACACACACACACACACCUCCUGA